ACAUAGCAAAAGAAAGGUUUAAAACAGAGAAAACAAUAUGGUUGGUUGGGCAAUUGCUGUUCAUGGCGGUGCUGGUGUGGAUCCUAAUCUCCCACCACGGCGUCAGGAAGAAGCCAAACAACUUCUUACUCAUUGUCUCAAUCUUGGUAUCUCGGCUCUCCGUUCCAAUGCAUCUGCAGUUGAUGUCGUUGAACUUGUCGUGAGACAACUGGAAUCAAACCCCUUGUUCAAUUCUGGCCGUGGAUCCGCUCUGACAGCAAAAGGAACUGUCGAAAUGGAGGCUAGUAUCAUGGACGGUGCCAAGAGAAGAUGUGGCGCUGUAUCCGGUCUUUCCACCGUGAAAAACCCCGUCUCACUUGCUCGCCUUGUUAUGGAGAAAUCCCCUCAUUCCUACCUAGCCUUCUCCGGUGCAGAAGAAUUCGCUAGACAACAGGGUGUGGAGGUUGAGAACAAUGAAUACUUCAUCACUCCUGAUAAUGUUGGUAUGCUGAAACUUGCAAAGGAAGCAAAUACAAUUAUGUUUGAUUAUCGAAUUCCAAUCGCUGGAUACGAAAAGUGUGCUGGACUUGAGAGUUCGGUGAAAAUGAACGGUCUACCCAUAAGCAUCUAUGCGCCAGAGACCGUUGGAUGUGUGGUCGUGGACAGUGAAGGAAGAUGUGCUGCUGCUACAUCAACCGGUGGACUAAUGAACAAAAUGAGUGGUCGAAUUGGUGAUUCUCCACUCAUUGGUGCUGGAACUUAUGCAUGUGAAGUGUGUGGAGUUUCUUGCACCGGUGAAGGUGAAGCUAUCAUUCGUGGCACUCUUGCACGCGAAGUGGCAGCAGUUAUGGAGUACAAAGGUUUGAGGCUUCAAGAGGCUGUGGAUUUUGUUAUCAAACAUCGUCUUGAUGAAGGGUUUGCUGGUCUUAUUGCUGUGUCUAAUAAGGGUGAAGUGGCUUAUGGAUUUAAUUGUAAUGGAAUGUUUAGGGGCUGUGCUACUGAGGAUGGGUUCAUGGAGGUGGAAAUCUGGGAAUGAUGAUAUACUCUACAAUAUAAUGUUUAAUUAUAGCAUAAAGUUGGAUUAAGCUACCCAAUUUAGGUGUUCCCAAUCAAAGUCAUCUAUAUACAUUUCUAUUUUUUUUUUAUUCAAGUAGUUUAUAAAUUACUAGAAUUUUAGAUAAAUAUGUGAAAUGUCUAGAGUUCAAAUCUCGACUUUUGCAUAUAAAAUACGACGUC